UUAUAAAUAUUGACAUAUUGAUAUGAUGGUGAAAAAUAUUUAUCCGAUAACAAAAACGAUAUUUUCAAUAUACGUCACAAAAAAAUUAAAAAACAGAAUUUAUAAAAAUUUGUUUUAUUAUUUAAAAUAUUAAUAUUAUUAUUAGUAGUAUUAUUAAUAUUAAUUAAUUAUUAAAAUAUAUAAUAUAUAUAUUUUUAUACAGCAAUAUAAGUGAUUUAAAUUUUAUUUUUACGGAAAUACGUAAUGCAAGUAUUCUUGAGAUUGCCGGUAGAGUAAUUUAUCUAUAUAUUUAAUUUUACAUGGUGAUAGUAAAAACACAAAUAAGAAACAACAGCUGUUAUAACCUGUCAAGAAAAAGACGUAAAUAAAUUUUAUCAAAAUUGUAUAAAAUUUCAUAUCAUGGAGGAACAAGAUAUUCCUAUUGAUAUUAAUAGUGGAAAAUUAUUAGAAUGGUUAAUUAAUAGAAGACAUUGCACUAAAGAUUGGCAUGUAAUGGUUUUACCAAUUAGAGAAAAAAUUAAUAAUGCAAUACAAGAUAUGCCUAUUCAUGAAGGCAUUGCAAAAUUAUUAUCUGGUUCAUAUAUCAAUUAUUUUCAUUGCUUGAAAAUAGUAGAAAUUUUAAAAGAAACUGAAGCUGAUACAAAAAAUGUAUUUGGCAGAUAUGGUUCACAAAGAAUGAAAGAUUGGCAAGAAAUAUUACGUUUAUAUGAAAAAGAUAAUAUAUAUCUUGCAGAAGUUGCACAAAUACUUAUAAGAAAUAUUAAUUAUGAAAUUCCAAGUACUAAAAAACAAAUUCAAAAACUAGAACAAAUACAAAUUGAAUUAGAAAAAAAAGAAGCUGACUAUAAAAAAUCAGAAAAUAUUGCUAAAUCAGAAUUUAAUUUACUUUGUAAGCAAUUAGGUAUUCCUGGAGAACAAAUAAAAUUGGAAUUAACUGAGAAAGUAAAAGAACUUCCAGAAAUUUAUGAAAAAAUUGCUAAAAAAAUAAAAUCAUUAGAGAAAGUUGUAGAAUUUUAUUGUGCUUUUGUUAAUUAUACUCUUGGUAGACAGCAUGAUGGUGGAUGUGUUCCUAUGGUAAAAUAUAUAAUUGAUAAAGGAAAUACUACAACAUAUGAAUGGAUUUAUGGAGAAGCUCCAUUAUCAGUUAGUGAACCACCUUUAAAUAUAAGUUUAAAUAAUGAUGAUUUAGAAAAUAAGAAAAUUGAAGAUAUUGAUAACAUUGGAAUUGAUUUUGGAAAAAUUGAUAUAAACAGUGGCAUAAAUUUUGAAGAUAUAAUGUUAGAAGUUGGAGGUGAAAUUGAUUGGGGUGAUGAAAAUGUAGAUGAGGCUAUAGAAGAUGAAAAUAUAGAUUAUAAUAUUUCUUUAGAAGAAUCUGGUAUAGUUGUAGAAGCAGCUGGUCAUGAAGGUGGAAUUGCUACUGGUAGUAAAGCAUAUACUAUUCUUGACAAUCCAUCAACUAGAAAUGAUUUUAUUAAUCAAUUAUUUGAAUUGGAAGCAUUUCUUAAAGUACGUUUAUAUGAGUUUAAAGGAGAUGAUAGUGUAAAUUUUUUAAGUUUCAGUCAACUACAAGAUUCAUCUUCUAUUGUUCAGUAUUCUACAUUGGAAAAUACUCAAAAUAUGUUAGAUAAUGUUCAAGUUGUUUUAUCUGAAAUUUUGGAUACUAAAGUUCAACACUUACACAAUAUUAAACAUUCUGUAAGAUAUGUAGACGUUUUAACUUCAUCAUUGAAACAAAAAUUAAGCUUAGUUGAAAAAAUGGUAAUUUUACAAAAAAAUGUAAAAGAGAAACGAGAAAAUUCUGGUGAAGAUAUUAAUUCUAUUCGACCUUAUCUUCAACUUCUUAUACAAAGAACAAAGGAACUUCAAACAGAGAUCGAACAAGAUAUUUCAAAAAAAUAUAAAAACAGAAUUGUACAUUUAACUGGAAGUAUAAAUAUGUUGUAAAUAAUUAAAAAAUAAAAAUAAACGAAAUAUGUCUAUUGUAAAUAAGAUUUUAUUACAAAAUAAAAAGAAUGAAUAAUAUUAUUUAAUGAUAUGUGAAGAAAUUAUUAUAUUUUCUAAUAUCUUAUUGAUGCUUAGUCCUUUGAAAAAUAAUAAAAAUGAGAACUAAAAAAUUA